UGUGUUUUCGUUUUUCGUUUUGCGCCACACGGUUGAGAUAUUGGUCCACGCGAAAUAAAGUAUUUGAAGAAAUAAUACAAGUGAUAUUAUUAGUGUGGGGGCAAUGACAACAUCGACAAUUAAGAGGCGUCGAUCACCGCAUGAUGUGCGUGAGCCGACUGAUGGUAACGACAUAGACAAUGAGACUGAUACGGACAACAAUAGCAGCUCCGUAUUGGAAAAUGAUAAUGUCGUCAUUCCGAACAAUUUAACCAAACGCGACUCCGAGGAGGACGCAUGGGCUUCUAAGGGCUAUAGCUACAUAAAUCCGUUUGUGCAUCGCAUCGAUAUUGACAGUCACAUUGAGGUGGCCAAGAUCUAUGUGCUGAGUGUGCUCCUCUUGCCCAUACGCGUAGUGGGAUGUGUGCUGUCGCUGCUCUCGGCCUGGAUGUUUGCCUGCAUUGGUCUCUAUGGCAUGACGCUGGAUGAUCUGAAGGAGAAGCCGCUAAAGGGCUGGCGCAGACAUGUGCAAUAUUUAUGCGCCCGUGCCAUGCGCGCGGUUUACACAGCGGGCUCGUUUCAUUAUCUAAGCACGAAGGGCACUCCGGCUACAGCUAAGGAUGCGCCCAUUUUGGUGGUGGCACCGCAUUCCUCCUAUGUGGAUUCCAUACUGGUUGUAUCUGGACACCCGCCCUCGAUUGUGGCCAAGCGUGAAACUGCGGACAUUCCAUUGCUGGGACGCAUCAUCAAUUAUGCGCAGCCCAUCUAUGUGCAGCGCGAGGAUCCAAAUUCGAGGCAGAAUACCAUACGCGAUAUUGUGGACCGUGCACGUUCCAAGGAUGAUUGGCCACAGGUGGUCAUUUUUGCCGAGGGCACAUGCACAAAUCGCACUGCGCUCAUCAAGUUCAAGCCCGGCGCCUUCUAUCCGGGCGUACCUGUGCAGCCAGUAUUGCUCCGAUAUCCCAACAAAUUUGACACCUUCACUUGGACAUGGGAUGGGCCAGGCGUGCUGCGUCUGCUUUGGCUCACGAUGACUCAGUUCUAUAAUCGCUGCGAAAUUGAAUACCUGCCCGUCUAUAAUCCCUCGCCCGCCGAAAUAGCCGAUGCCAAUCUCUAUGCCAACAAUGUGCGCCAAGUCAUGGCCAAAGCCUUGGGUGUGCCCACCUCGGACUAUUCAUUUGAGGAUGUCAUUGUCAUGAGUCGUGCACGCGAGAUGAAGGUGCCCUUCCCCGGCGACAUUGUGGAGAUUGAGCAUACGCUCGAUCACCUUGGCCUGCUCGACUCGAAACGUGACGCUGAGAUUUGCGAGAAUUAUCUCAGGCUAACGAACACAGAUAAAUUGGAUAUUAUCACAUUUGCCGAACUGCUGCAAGCCGAUCUCAAGAGUCCCAAUCUGCACAAGCUUUUUGCCCUGCUGGAUCAUCGUCGUGAGGGUCGUGUCUGCUUGAAAAGCUUUCUGAUCUGCUCGCUGUUUUGCAAAUAUAAAAACGCUGACAUAUUGACGUUCCUGCGUGCCCUCACCAACGUGUACAGCGAGUCAGAUAAGAAGAUUACCAGAGAAAGCUUCAUCAAAUUGCUGCGGCAUGCUGGCAGCAAGCUGAACGAGCAGAAGGCGCAAGCGCUCUUCUUUGCCCUGGACACCGCCAAUGUGGGCUACGUUUCAUUUGAUAUGUUUGCUCAAUAUACCGAAAAGCAAUCCAACUAUAAGUUUCUGUAUCACAAAUCGGAGCAUAUUCGGAGAACAAAGAGUACCAAGUCGACCAAGUAAACAGCUCUCGAAAAAUCUAAAUGAGAGACAGAGAGAGAGAGAGAGAGAGCGCGUGUGAGAGAGAGAGAGAGCGCGUGUGAGAGAGAGAGAGAGAGCGUUUGUGGAGGCUGCGUUAAAACCAUUUUCAGCUGGCUCUUAACCCAACUUUGAGCAAAGCCAGAGGCAAUCUUGCUAACCCGUAGUGUGUACCUUGGAAAGAAAUGCAAGAAAACAAAAGUAAAAAGAAGCAACCUAUAUUUAAGUUUAAAGUUCAAUUGUAAAUCAUCUUUUGUAAAGUUUUAUUUAUUUAUUGUGUAUGUAUGUAUGUAUGUGUCUGUUGCCCCAAAUGUUGUAACCAAUCUAUCUAUGUAAAGCUUGAAAGCAGCUAAAGCUCAAGCUCUCCUAUUUUCUGUUUGUUACUUUAAGUACAAUCGCAGAGAUUCUAACUGUAUGUAAAUCGUGUUUUGUAUGUGUUUAGCAACGUUAUGGACAACAGUUUCGAUGUUUGUUCUGUCUGCACAUGAAUUUAACUUAAGAGCUCACAAGUCAUUUCAUUAUUGUGAUUCUAAUUAUAUCUAUAAUCUAUAUAUGUAUAAACAAAAUAUUGACGUAAAUAGCGCAUACUUAUUUCUGCCAAGUUCUGUUAACGCAUAUUCCAUACAUACAUACAAGCACACAUAUGUAUAUGUGUGUGUUAAGAAAUUACCAAUUGAAUGCCAAAAGAAAUUCAAUAGUCGACAAACUAUUUCAAGUGCACACACAUACUCAAAAACAUUUCAGUCUUAAAAAUGUAACAAAUUAAUAAUAUACUCGGAUCGGUCGUAGACAGGGCUGCAAUUUGAACAACAACAGGCUCGAGUAACCGAAAAAGAAGAAUUUUAUAAACUAUAUAACAUCUCUUUAGUUCCUUUGUGGAGUGGCAUUAUUUCUAGGCCAUGUGGCAUUUGUAACUUAUACACCAAAAACAAACCUAAAUAGACUUUAGGGCACACUCUAGCCCCCCAAAAAAAAAAGAUUUUAACCAUCGAACUCUAUGCUAGAUGUACUUAAGAGAAACCCAUAUAUACUACCUUUUACUCAUAAUAACAACCAAAAGCAACACACACACACACACCACAAUGCACACACACUUACAGUCUAUUUUAAUGAUAUAUAGUAUAUAAUUGUAAAAUAAAAUGUUAUAAACGGCACUUUUAUGCGCUUCGCAAUUUGUAUACUUAUAGAAGAAGAAAAAACAACUUACAAACCUAAUUUAGUUUGUAAUUGAACCAGAAUUUGUUAAAGCGCUGCUUAUUUUUUCGAAACAAUUACUAUAUAUA